AUGCCCUCACGCCCAUCCCCCUCCCUCCGUUCUCUUUCCAGCGCUGUCGCCUCGCUCUUUCUCUGUCUCGGCUCCCUGUCUGCCCUGUGUGUCUGUUCAUACACCCACGCUCACCCCCUCCCCCUUCCCUUCAGUACGCUCCUCCCCAUUUUGCGCCCCGUCUCGCGCUCAGUCCACCGUCCACCACCACCUGCCGCCCGCCUUUCUGCUCUUUUCCCCUGCCAGACAACCCGUCAGGAAGGGCGAAACUUAAUCAUCACUGACUUCAUUUCCCCCUGCCAACUUUUUCCUCUCUCUUCUCCCUCCGACAUCUUCAGCCCCGAUUUCCUAUCGGCCACCGCAGACAACGAGCUCACGCCUUUUCGACAUCCCUUUUUGCUCGAUCCGUUGUCCCUGCCGACACCGACCCGACGACUCCGAUCGCCUGCUGUUUUCUCGCAUCGCUUUUGUUGUGUCGCCACACAGUCUCUCUCCGACGACCAUUUCUCACCCUCAGUCCCUCACUCCUUCACUCCCUCACGAUCACGACUUUUACGACCUCCAGGCAAUCGAAGACAAAGAGCGACCAGGCCACAUUGUCCGACUCUCUAUCGACUCUGCUUUUUGGUUUGCCAUCUCUGCCUUGUCUACAUACGGCUGCGAUACACCGAAUUCUUGCGACCUUUUGUAUUUCAUUCGGCAUCGGCUUGCCCUCGACUCCCAGCAACGGACAUCGCAUCACCGUCGCUCCAUCCGCCGCCUGCUUCUGCCUCUCGCGACCCAUCCAUCGAAUCGCGUGCUCUCUCUUUUUCUCGUUUUGAUCGCCGUUGGAUUCUGAGGCCGCCCCGGUGCCUCCCAACCGCUCCCUCUGGCGCUGUUCUGGUAGCCGGCCGUCCGCCUCUCCGGCGUGGCGAUUGCGUAUCUGUUCGCUCGCAUCACUCCAUCGACCCAACGUCUUCGUCGGGCCUCAUCGCCGUAUCGCUUUGUGGCUUUGUCGCUCUCGAGUCUUUGAGUCGUUGUGUGUUUGUUUUUGGUGGCAACUCGUCCUUUUAUUCUGGUCGUUUCGCCCUGCCGUUUCGUUUUCCUUUGUUCGUGAUUGAUUGCGGCUGUGUCGCGUUUCGUUCUCGUGCUCGCCCAUCACCACCCGACCCAGGCUCAACAAAAACCUUCACAGCCAUGUCCUUCCAUCCCCAGACCCCGCAGAGUCCCUCCCAGUUCUCCCCGAUCACCUCCGACCCGCUGUCCGGAACAUCAAACGCGUCGGUCGGGACAACUACAAACUCCAUCAACACCAACGUACACGGUGGCUCUUUCUCGUCCACCUCAGCGUCGGCCGCCACACCAUCUACACUGCCGACGCCUGCACACAGUGUGAACGGCUCCGGCUCCGGCUUUGGCUCCGGCUUUGGUCCUGCUGACGCGGUUCACGGCAUGAGCCCCGGCGGCGCCGACUCCCCGUACAAGCGAAAACGACCACUCGACGACGCAGGAGACCUCGGCCACGGGUCCAAAAAGGUCCACAUGGAGGGCCAGCAGCGACUGGACUUUGAGGCCCUGCACCAAGAUGUCGGAGAGAAGUAUCUUGUUUGCAAUAAGCCUCAUCGACCAUCGUUCCCUCCAUUGUCGGAAGACCUCUUUGAAAUGUUCAACCUGACGAGCAUCGCCGCCGAGGUCGCACGAACGCUACCCAACGGUGAGAAGAACGCGAUGCGCAAGACAUACAAGGGCUACAUGAAGAAGUUGGGCGUGUCUGGCCACUUUGAGCCCUUGAAACGGGACGAGGGCGACGAGAGCGAUUUCAUGCGUCUGAUCAGCGAGGCCGACGACUCUUGGCAAGCGCGACAGGUCAAGACAAAGGACAUCCACUACGGUUUGCUCGACGACGUCGAGGCCGAUUUGCGGCAAGCAAUGACCAUGAACAAGGGACCCAUUCCCAAGGCCAUCUGGGACAGCUCCGUGCUGGGCGACCUCGCGCCGGAGAAGCUUGUGUCCAUUGGCGCACGGCCGUCGUCCGUCCGCGGCACAGCGCCCAACACACCGCUUCACCCGGCUGUUGCACGGUCAAAGGUACAGCCGCCGCUUUCCGCGGCCACCGGCGGUGCGGGCAGUACGGGCAGCCUGGACACAUCACGGCCGCGUCGCGUGAACAAGAAGCGGAGCUACGGCGAGAACAGCUUCGAGGGCUAUGGAGAGGGCUUCCCUGACGAUGACGGCGGUGACGGCGGCUAUUCCACGGGCGACGGCGACGGCCCGAGCCACAAGCGGAGAAAAAAGAACGGCACGCCGACUGCCCAGUACAACUCGGCACCUGUGCGGCAGCAGAGCUAUGGGCCUGGCAUGGUCGGUGCCUAA